AUGGCGUCGUUGUUGCACCUUGUCGAGGGCGACGCACCUUCACCUUCUACUGCAGCAGCCGCCACGUUUGCAUCUUCGGCCAAAUCAUCUUUCUUCCCCACUCCUACCUCCACCCAUCAUCCAUAUCCCGCCCUCCAGCAGCAGCUCCCGUACAGCGCUACGGCGUCGGCAGAUGAUCAAGAGUGGGAUGAGGUGGUGGCCUACCUCUCGCGCCAGCCGUGGCCCGCCACGCUCCCACCGCAGCUCCAGGAGCUCACGACGGGCCACGAGGCCCACUACCCGGCCGCGCUCAUCACCACGCCACCGACGUCUGGCACCAACGGUCGCCGCGCCGCCGCUGCUGCUGCUUCGUCGUCUUCUUCGUCUUCAUCUUCAUCUUCUUCGCCCAUCCUUCUCGGACCGCAGCUCGCGCCUCAGGCCUACGACUACGACCACCAGCAGCAGACACUGUACCAACAUCCCGACCACCACCUUUGGAUGCACAACCACGCCCGUCACGCCACCACCAGCCCGGCCGCUGGCGGCCAACAGCGCAAGCGCAGACACCGCGGAUCAGACAAUAUGGCGCGAGGCGGCUGGACAGCGGCGCCCACGACGGGCAGGAGCAACACAACAGACGGAUAUGCGCUGAGGGAUGGCAUUGGCGUGGAUGGCUCGCGCGGUGACGCCGGUGUCAGAGCCGGAGACCUGUUCGACGGUUACUUCUCGCCAGUGGACGCCACUGCGCUACAUGACGAGCGAGCGAGUCUACAGCUGAUCACACCCACCGCUGCGACAGCGUCGCGUCUGCACCAGGCAAUGACAACUGAUCAGGCCGAGGGCGAGGAAGAGGAGGAGGACAGCAACGCGGACGAGGGAGCCACGCUGCAUCCCUACACCAAGUCAGCGCUUCAGCGACCAUCGAAAGCGCUCACGAAGGUGGCGGCGCUGGGCCGGAAUAAGGCGCGGCGCAUAUGGACGGAGGACGCACACCUGCGGCUGGCGGCGAUGGGACUCUGCUACCUCGACACGUAUCGCAAGAAGGUCUGGGUCUACGCGACCAUCCACCCGAGCGCAAUGGUCGGCGAUAACGUACGGUCGAGCCUCGAGCGCGGCUUCGACGGGUGGACCAGCCAGGAGGAGGCCACGCUCGGCGUCAGCGUGCUGAUGGUCCUGGCCCAGGGUGCGGCGCAGGCUGGCGACAAGAAGAUGGCGAAAGAGUUCUUCAUGAAGGCGCGCCAGGCAGCUGUCUACGUUGGCGGUGAUAGCUCCGAUUAUACUCUGGCUGAGGCGUUGGUGUCGAUUGCCAUCUUUGCGCACACCGAAGGUGAGAUGGACGAUCGCGAGGUGCAUCAGAUACUCGAUAAGGCGAUGCAGAUAUGUCACCGAGUCCCUGCCCUCAACAGUGACGCCUACCACCGAUGCAUGUUCAUGAAAUCGAUUCUGCGGUUCACCAGCCCGAGCGAUAUGCGGAUGUUGGACGAGGCCUUCUGCUCGGUGAAGAAGCUCCCGUACUACACCUACUUCGUGGACGGCCAAACGCGCGAGGCCAUGCCCUAUGGCAUGUCCGUAAUGCAGGGAAUCGCCGACACGGCGAUCGUUCUCUUCCACGUCAUCAUCGCCCUCGACAUGAAGAACCAGGGCUUUGCGAGCGGUUGCGCGACUGCGGGUUCUCACCACAUGGACAACGACAUCGUUCAGCUCGUGCGGACCGUGCUAGCCUGGAAGUGCGACUAG